GCAGAUCACAGCGUUCAAAACUUCUAUCUACACUUAUUUGAUAUUGGGUUCUGAUCAGACAAUCAUGCUCGGAUAUAAACACAUGCGAAUCUAUUUUCUGCUCUGUCGUUCUUCGAGAUGGAGAAUAUGGACGAUGAUUGUGAUGGUAUUCUCCGCCAUCUUACUAUUCAAAUCUUUUCCGCAUCUUCCGGGCAAUAUGGUGAAGGGCGUGGAAUCGGGGAACGACAAGCGGGAGCUGAAUAACAUAACCAGGACAAACAAGACAAUUUCAACCAAAGCACCGAAAAUCAUUUGUGAAAUUCCAUCAGUUAGUGAUUUAAAUUCAACAUACGAGGCAAACGUAAAUUCCAUCACAUUCGACAUCCUUGAACCGGCCUUAUUUGGUGAAUCUUAUCAGGAGGUGCUUUCCCUUCUGAAACGUACUGGCGGCCUACUUGUAGAAAGGCUCAAGUCCCAAGCAAGAACUGAUGAGAAAAAUUAUACUAUCGAGAAGGAGUACUUUGAUGGAGAUAUUGUGAAAAUAGGAAAUUAUGACUACUUGCCCGGCGGUAGAUGGCGCCCAUCCGAUUGUAAUCCAAAAUGGAAAGUUGCUAUAGUCGUUCCAUUCAGAGAUCGUAACGUCCAUCUAGCUAUCCUUUUACACAACCUGAUUCCAUUUCUACAAAAUCAAAAGCUAGAAUUUGGAUUUUUCGUUGGUGAACAGUAUAAUAGCCUGCUCUUCAACCGAGGAUUAAUGAAGAACGUAGGAUACCGUGGGGCGACUAGAUUCGGGGACUGGAACUGUGUCAUUUUUCAUGAUAUCGACUUGGUCCCGAUGAAAGGCGGAAACUACUACGGGUGCGACAACUUCCCGAGGCAUCUUGCAGCUUAUACAGAACAAUUUAAGUAUCGUUUGCCGUAUGAGACCAUUUUUGGCGGAGUGGUUGGACUGACGGCCGAGCAGGUACGAUUGAGUAACGGCUACUCAAACGCCUACUGGGGUUGGGGAGGAGAGGAUGACGAGCUGUUUGUGAGACUGAAGCGAAGGGGGAUUAAUAUCACCAGAGAAACGGAGCAUGGUUACUACAGGUCACUCCAGCACAAGAAGAAACUCAAAAAACAACUGUGCCCGGAAGUUAACUGCCUGUACAACAACUUCCAGUUGCGAGCCGAUUGGGAAGGCAUCAAUAAUAUGACUUACUCAAUAAAAAGUCUGGAACUAUUCCCUCUCUACACCAAGAUCUCCGUGGACGUUCAGAAGGAGGUUUGGAACAGCAAUAUGAAACCUUGCGAGAGUUUUUCUAACCACGAAGGCCACCAGCAUGAUAAAUGAAUAAAUUCAGAAGAAAGUUUUGAACAGCAAUAUCUUAAAUGUCUCUCAUGUAACGUUAGUUGUAAGGCUAUAAAUGAACACCAUUUAUCUGCAUUUGCCACGCUCCACCCAGGUGACGUGGAUGGUAUCAUGUAGGAGGAAAUUCAUUGAAUGCUUGAGCGCCUUGUCAUGGUAGCUCGGCUAAAGCCGGGGGUGGUACGAUUGCUGGGCCCUCAGGGAGAACAGUAUAAUACUUAUAGGACUACCCUGGGUUAACAAGACAAUAUUAGUAUUAUUACUUCCACACACAAUCAAUCCAAGACGCGCUGAUCUACUUAUUUGUAAGCAUCUUCCAUGAUUCCAUCUCGUACACAAACCCAGUUUCACUCAUAACAUUUUUUUUUUCAGAUGCAAGAAUGUUUGUGAUUACUUAUGAUUUUCAAUGCAUGAUCUCCAAUCGUAUCUUUAAAGAUCGAUCUUUGAUUGUUUUUAUUUCUCAAAACAAAACCUUGAAACUACAAUGCAGCUAUGCUUCAGUAAAACACAACCCCGUAACUUCAUAUAUGUCUCUUCGUAACGAUACCUUGAGCAUUGUUAAUUGCCGUGAAGAUUCUGGGUUUGAUCAUCGAGGACAGCCUCAAAUGCAGGGCCGUAGCCAGAGUUUGAUGAUGUUGUUGUUGUUGUUGUUG